CAAACACAUGUUCUGAUUCCCGAAGCACCACCUGCAGGCAUUAUGGCUGGUGGGAGCGUGCCUUCAGACAGCUACGAUGAAGUCUCUACGCAUAUUUAUUGUCAACUGUCCCGCAACCUCUUGCCAGACGAGGAGCAUAGUCUGCGCUUCGCACCCCGCGGCAUCGCUGAGCAAGUUUUGCACGACGAGAACUUAGGCAGCGUAUUCCGAAGUCUGUCCUUGUCUCCGACGGAUUGGCCCGACGAUUUCAACGAGAACGUCUUCGUUCAGAAAAUCAAAGACAAGAAGCUCCACAAUGUCCUGGCAAUUAUCCUCUACGCAUCUUGCAACAUCACAGCCGCUCAAGCUUUCAUCUCCAAGUUGGUCAUCGGCGAUGGAUCUAGCAAUCUGCCUUUGUCGCGUGACGCCUGCUUGGAACUGUUUGAUGGCAGCCACGCGCAGACCCGCAAAUAUCGCGAUGCCCAGCCAAUAUUCUGCACCGUCGUAAUAGGCGAUCCUCAUUCGCUAAAAAUUCAAGAUCUCAAAGAAUGGAGGCUUCCAUAUCUCGAGCCAACAUACAUUGGAGAUGGGUCAUUUGGCGAGGUAUACGCGGUUAAAAUCGCUGCGGGGCAUUUGGUAACGAAAACCCAAGACGGACAAUCGUUCUAUGACGAGAUCCCUGUGGCCAGAAAAGAUUACUUGCUCAAUCCCAAAAGGUAUGGGGAGAGCGAAUACAACAUCAUCAACGCGAUUCUUACCAGUCGAUUCAACUGCAAAAAUAUUGUCGAGAGCUUUGGGAGCAUAGAAGUUGUAAACGACACCAAACCUCGAUACAGCUUGUUCAUGCCUCUGGCCAAAUGUGACCUCCAGAAGUAUAUGGAGGAGAAGGGGCCUGAGCGUCUGAAAACCGUCGUUGAAAAGUCAUCCAUCCUCUGGAGUGCGGUUGGUCUCACAGAAGGCUUGGAGUUUCUCCACUACAAAAUGUCCACGACCGUGGAUCGCAAAAAUUUUGCCUGCUACCACAUGGAUCUUAAGCCGGCGAACAUUUUGCUCUUCGAGGAUGGAGACAGGAUGAUUUGGAAACUGAGCGACUUCGGCAUGUCGCGAGUGAAGUUUUUAAAUGAAGACGAGCAGGAUUUCGAACAACCAUUUCUCAAGCGCAAUCAGUCGUUGUCAAAGACGAAGAAUCUCCGCGCCGAAGGGACGUAUCUUGCUCCGGAGACUCAAGCUUCGACGAAGACGUCGGGAAGAGAGAGCGAUGUAUGGUCUUUAGGUGCCAUCAUCAGCACCCUAUUUACAUACAUGGAAGAGGGAAGGGAUGGACUCGAGAAGUACACGUCAGCACGCAACGAGUACAAGGGUUCCAAGGGUUACGACUACUUCUUUCUGACUUCGGAUAGCAAAAGGUUUGAGAAAGCGAGGCGACACCCGGCAGUUGCGGAGUGGCACGCAAAGCUGGUCAAGAAAGCUAAGAAACGAGAUCCAAACGAGGCGAAGAUUGUGCAACAUCUUCUUGGAUAUAUUGACAACUCCGUACUCGUUCUCAACCCAGAAUCUCGCCGAAGAAGUACGGAUGCGAAAGAGUUUGUUAGGAAGAUGGAGGAUGCGUACAAGGGUUACAAAAAGCUGGCUGAGCCAGCUGUGGCAGAUGGCCAUUCCUCCAGCCAUGCAUCGGAACCUGCCAAGCACGGACUCUGGAAUCCUUUCAGUAGAGAGCGACAUGUCGCUCCUGACAUUUCACAAUGGACUAUGAGUCUCUCGGGUCCUAAAGGAUGUUCUGUUACAGCAGAUGCAACCUUGGCAGCAUAUUGGACCGACAAGACGAUUGCGCUUUGUACGGCUCAGAUGCUUUCGAAUGCAGGCAGCUCGGGCACCCUGGAUAAUGGCCCCGUCUUCACACUUCCCGGAGGAGAAAACGUCACCUGGCGGGACGUACGUUUGACUGAAGUUUUCUUGGUGGCUUCAACAAACAAGGAUAGAUUUCAGGUACGAAGACGUACAAAUUUUUCUUGGGUAGACGCUUAUACUAGGGUGUGUGGACGAAGCUAAUGCGUCCGUAGUGCUAUGUUUUCGACUUCAGAGGUGGACGGUUUGUGGAACCAAACCUGGAAAAGUAUUAUAUUAUCAAUAUUAGCAGCUGCCCUCCACCGCAAAAUAUUGCCUUAUCAGAUGAUAGCAAGUGGUUUGCCUGCGUAACGACUGGACGUAGAUCACCGUUGAGGUUGCGCUGGAUUCGGAUAGAAGAGCUAAUAAGCCUGGCCGACUCUGAGUAAGUCACAAUAGGCCUGCCAAAGUCAAUCAUCUUUGUAACCUCGCCAUAGCUCAACAUCGUUAUCGAAUCUU